UUUUAAAAUCACAAAACAUGAAGAAGAAGAAGAUUUGAGCUGUCGCUCAGACGGAGAGGAUAUAGUUUAAUGUUUUUGGAGCUCAACAUUGACAAAAAUGCUAAUUUGAAACCGAAAUUAUUCUUGCAAAGCUGAAUGAUAAUCUUUGGUAGUGGGCAUAUGUGGAAAAGGUGUUUGAGACACUGAUAGCAUUGCACAGAUAGCCGGCGGGGAAGAAUGGCUGGAAGUGUUGUGCUAACUGGCUAACUGGCUAACGUUAGCACUAGCCAACUGACUAGCUAAUUCGCCACAUUCACUGCGCAUGAACUCAUUGCAUUUGGGAUUUAUUAGGACUGGAAAUAGAUGUAUUUUUUUUUUGUGGAUACAGUUAGAACUUUCCAGUCCACACGACCAUCGCGUCAAACCCGUAGUUCACGAACAUGAUCAAAUGCAUAUACCGGAUCAAUGCAUGAAGUCAAGAUGAACAGGAAGAAGGACAAGGGAUUUGAGAGCCCGCGGCCUUUUAAAUUGACUCACCAGGUUGUCUGCAUCAACAACAUCAACUUUCAAAGAAAGUCUGUGAUUGGCUUUGUGGAGCUGACCAUCUUCCCAACUGUGGUCAACCUGAACCGGAUCAAACUCAACAGCAAGCAGUGCAGGAUCUACAGGGUCCGAGUCAACGACCUCGAAGCCCCAUUCAUUUACAAUGACCCUACUCUAGAGGUCUGCCACCACGAGUCCAAGCAGAGGAACCUGAACUAUUUCUCCAGUGCCUACACAGCAGCAGUCAGUGCUGUGGACCCAGAUGCAGGACACGGCGAGCUGGUCAUCAAAGUCCCCUCGGAGCUGUGGAAGCAAGGAGACGAGAUGAAUGUGCUGAAGGUGUACAUAGAGUUCUCUCUGGACCAGCCUAAAGGAGGCCUUCACUUUGUGGUGCCUGACGUAGAGGGGAGCAUGGCUGAGAGAGGAGCACACGUCUUCUCCUUCGGAUACCAGAACUCCACAAGGUUCUGGUUCCCCUGUGUGGACUCGUACUCUGAGCUGUGCACCUGGAAGCUGGAGUUCACAGUGGAUGCCUCUAUGGUAGCUGUGUCCUGUGGGGACUUGGUAGAGACUGUCUAUACCCAUGACAUGAGGAAGAAGACCUUCCACUACGUCCUCCCCAUCCCCACCGCCGCCUCCAACAUCUCACUGUCUGUCGGACCCUUUGAGAUCCUGGUCGAGCCCUACAUGCAUGAGGUCACCCACUUCUGUUUACCCCAGCUCCUGCCCCUGUUGAAACACUCCAUGUCCUACCUGCAUGAGAUCUUUGAGUUCUACGAGGAGAUCCUGACCUGUCGAUAUCCUUACUCCUGCUUCAAGACUGUGUUUGUGGACGAGGCCUACGUCCAGGUGUCUUCCUACGCGUCGAUGAGCAUCUUCAGUACUAAUCUGCUCCACAGUGCCAUGAUCAUAGACCAGACCCCCCUGACCAGACAGUGUUUAGCUCAGGCCCUGGCCCAGCAGUUCUUUGGCUGCUUCAUCUCCAGGAUGUCCUGGGCUGAUGAGUGGGUGCUGAAGGGGAUCUCUGGCUACAUCUAUGGUCUGUACCUGAAGAAGACCUUUGGAGUGAACCAGUACCGCCAUUGGAUCAAAGAGGAACUGGACAAGAUGGUGGAGUACGAGCUGAAGAUGGGAGGAGUUCUCUUACACCCGACCUUCGGUGGAGGCAAAGACAAGGACAACCCUACCCCUCACCUCCACUUCUCCAUCAAGCACCCUCACACCCUGUCCUGGAAGUACUAUAAGAUGUUCCAGUGUAAAGCCCACCUGGUCAUGAGGCUCAUUGAGAACAGGAUCAGCAUGGAGUUCAUGCUGCAGGUGUUCAACAAGUUACUAAGCCUGGCCAGUACAGCGUCCUCGCAGAAGUACCAGUCACACAUGUGGAGUCAGAUGCUGGUAUCCACCCACAGCUUCCUCAAGUCCAUCUCCAACGUGUCGGGGAAGGACAUAGGACCCCUCAUCAAGCAGUGGGUAGACCAGAGUGCGGUGGUGAAGUUCUUUGGCAGUUUUGCCUUCAACAGGAAACGGAACGUUCUAGAACUGGAGAUUCGACAGGACUACACCUCCUCUGGAACACAGAAAUAUGUGGGACCCAUCAAGGUGACAGUCCAGGAGCUGGAUGGGUCCUUCAACCACACACUACAGAUUGAAGAGAACAGCCUGAAGCACGACAUCCCCUGCCACUCCAAGAGCAGACGAAACAAGAAGAAGAAGAUCCCUUUGAUGAACGGGGAGGAGGUUGACAUGGACCUGUCUGCUAUGGAUGCGGAUUCUCCCUUGCUGUGGAUCCGGAUCGAUCCGGACAUGUCCAUCCUGCGUAAGGUGGAGUUUGAGCAGGCAGACUUCAUGUGGCAGUACCAGCUCAGGUACGAGCGUGACGUCGUGGCCCAGGAGGAGUCUAUUUUAGCCCUGGAGAAGUUCCCCACGCCGGCCUCCCGUCUGGCCCUCACUGACAUCCUAGAACAGGACCAGUGUUUCUACAAGGUCCGCCAGGGCGCCUGCUUCUGCCUCGCCAAGAUCGCCAACUCCAUGAUGAGCACCUGGACCGGUCCUCCAGCCAUGAAGUCUCUGUUCACCAGAAUGUUCUGCUGUAAGAGCUGUCCAAACAUCGUCAAGACCAACACCUUCAUCAGCUUCCAGAGCUACUUCCUACAGAAGACCAUGCCUGUAGCCAUGGCUCAGCUCAGAGACAUCCAGAACCUCUGUCCCAAAGACGUCCUCAACUUCAUCCUGGACCUCAUCAAGUACAACGACAACAGGAAGAACAAGUUCUCCGACAACUACUACCGCGCCGAGCUGAUUGACGCCCUCACCAACUCCCUGACCCCGGCCAUCAGCAUCAGCAACGAGGUGCGCACCGUGGACAACCUCAACGGAGACGUACGUCUCAUCCUGGAGGAGAUCACACGGUCUCUUAACAUGGAGAAACUACUGCCCAGCUACCGCAACACCAUCACUGUCAGUUGUCUCAGAGCUAUCCGGAUGCUCCAGAAGAAUGGUCAUAUUCCCAGUGAUCCCUCUCUGUUUAAAUCCUAUGCAGAAUACGGACACUUUGUGGAUGUUCGUGUCGCAGCGCUGGAAGCUGUGGUGGACUACACAAGAGUUGACAGGAGCUCCGUGGAACUGCAGUGGCUGCUCAACAUGGUCCAGAAUGACCCGGCUCACUACAUCAGACACAAGAUCCUAAGCAUGCUGGGUAAAAACCCUCCCUUCACCAAAGCAGCCGAGUCUCCACUCUGCAACGAGGCUCUGGUCGACCAGCUGUGGAAACUCAUGAACUCAGGUACGUCUCAUGACUGGCGGUUGCGGUGUGACGCGGUCAAUCUGUACUACACUCUGUUUGGUCUGACGCGUCCCUCCUGCCUGCCCCUGCCCGAGCUGGGCCUGGUACUCAACCUCAAGGAGAAGAAGGCCGUGCUCAACCCCACUAUCAAGCCUGAACAGGGACCAGACACCACAGAGAUGACUGGCAUCACCAUGGGCGUUCAUAUCCCUGUCAUGGGCUUCACUAGCAGUCUGGAUGAGGGCCUGAUCACCAUGGAGACAGUGUCCAGCGUGUCUAUGUCCAGUGGUGUGGCCCCGCCCCCUCAGGGUCUGAAGAGGAAGUUGGACAGUGUCGUUGGCCCGCUGGGCUCGUCCUCACCGGAGCCAGGCCAGGUCCUGCAGGAAGAGGACACCAGUAAAAAAUUCAAGAUCAGAUUCAACACUGUGGAGGAAGAUGAGAUUGACAUGGAGAGUCCCCAUGACAGCCAGGCGUUCAUCCACCACCACCUCAACAUCCUGGAGAGGCCAUCCACACCAGGUAAGGAACCUCCAGCCGUGGACCAGGCCGUCCUCUCCCUGCCUGUCACCCCCUUACCUUCUUCCUUCGGCAAAGAGUCCACCUCUUCCUCCAAACACAGCGGUGACCACCACCAUCACCACCACCACCACGAGCACAAGAAGAAGAAGAAGAAGAAGCACAAACAUAAACACAAACACAAACAUGAGAGUAAAGACAAGGAGAGGGACUCCCAUGCCUUCAGUAACAGCCCUGCUAGUGGACGAUCCGCGAGGUCUCCAUCCAUGUCUGACUAGAACACAGCUCUGCCUCCUGGUUGGUCCUUCAGUAACAGCCCUGCUAGUGGACGAUCCGCGAGGUCUCCAUCCAUGUCUGACUAGAACACAGCUCUGCCUCCUGGUUGGUCCUUCAGUAACAGCCCUGCUAGUGGACGCUCCGCUCCGUGAGGUCUCCAUCCAUGUCUGACUAGAACACAGCUCUGCCUCCUGGUUGGUCCUUCAGUAACAGCCCUGCUAGUGGACGCUCCGCGAGGUCUCCAUCCAUGUCUGACUGAGCUGUGAAACAUCAUCCUCAAGACUAGACUCCAACUCCUCUGAAUAGACCUUACUGGUUUGCUGCGUGUCAACUAGCCUGGAAUCCACACUAAAUAUUGCUUGUUUCAGAGCUAAGUUUAGUUUGAAUUUGGAAAAUGGCGCAAUAUUCAGUGUGGAUCCAGGGCUGGCCCUGCAGUCAGUGUAGGAAUGUGUGUAGCUUAACCGACAUUCUGUGACGUCUUCAUUAACCACACAGAGAGGCAGACCUGUGGGCCUCUCCAGAAAGGGAGACCUGUGGGCCUCUCCAGAAAGGGAGCCCUUUGGUUUUAAAAGCAUCCCAGUCUCCAAUCACCUUAACCACACACAUACACACCCACCACACACACACACACUUAUGGCUGUGCCCGAACCUGUCUGUCUCCUACCAUCAUCAACAACAUUUUCAGUUAGUGGCUGUGCGUCCUCACAAGGGAACCUCUUCAGCCUGUUGAACCCGGUCUCACAGACUGCCACUAGACUUUCCCCCACGUUGCCCUGGACAUGGACUUACAGGUUUACUUUAACCCUGCAAUUAAACUAAGAGGAGAAAUUCCACUCUCAUUCAGAGACCCAAUCAAUUCAAAGGUGGCAGAAUCAAGAAUGAGAUGUUUCUAAAUGUGUAGGAUGUAGAAUUUAUAGUAAAAUAUAAAUUGUCUCUAAUUAGGCGGACCUGCAGUAGACCAUGACUGUUUUGCGUUCUAAACCUCACCCUAUUCGUUAUUAUAGUACACUAUGUUUGACCAGGGCCCAUACGGCUCUGGUCAAAAGUAGUGCAUUUUAUUGGGAAUAGGGUGCCAUUUUGGAUGUAGCUGUGACUAAUAGCCUAAUUGCUGCCCUGUAUGACAUCACCAUACUGAAGAGUCAUUGGGUUGUUCUAUACCUGUUUCUAUUGCAUUCAUAUGGCACUGUUUCUAACCAUGCAUGUUUUAACUGUUGUUUUUACUGUUAAAGUCAUUAGAUUGUGUCCUCCUUGUCCCUCACCCAAUCAGUAACUAGAUUGUGGAUGGUCUCCUUGUCCCUCACCCAAUCAGUAACUAGAUUGUGGGUGGUCUCCUUGUCCCUCACCCAAUCAGUAACUAGAUUGUGGAUGGUCUUCUUGUCCCUCACCCAAUCAGUAACUAGAUUGUGGAUGGUCUCCUUGUCCCUCACCCAAUCAGUAACUGUUCUGUUCUUUAUUCAUUAUGUACUCCAGUUGUGUUGAAAUCUUUUCUUCUAGGUUGGACAUGACUACAUUAUCAUAAAGAUGUUGGAAAAUAAAGCUUCAAGAAUGUG